AAGCCGGGCCGGGGCGGCCAGCAGGCAAUUUGCAUGAGAGACAGACUGGGAAUGAGCUGGAGUGGGCGCCUCUCCGCGCACACAGAGCGGGGCAGCAGGGGGAGGAGGAGGGAGCUGCCGCCGCCGCCGCCGGGGAGAGGCGGCGAACUCCGGGCAAAGUUUGGAGCCGCGGGCCCGCGGCGCUGAGGCAGCGGCGGGGCGGGGAGCGGCCGGGCCGGGCCGGGCCGGGCUGGGCUGGGCUGGGCUGGGCCGGGCUGCCCUGCCCGCUGUGAGGCGGCGGAGCGAGCGCGGGGGGCGGCGGGCAGAGCGCGGAGCCCGCGGCACAGGCAGCAUGUCCUCCAUCCUGCCCUUCACUCCUCCCAUCGUCAAGCGGCUCCUGGGCUGGAAGAAAGGCGAGCAGAACGGGCAGGAGGAGAAAUGGUGCGAGAAGGCGGUGAAGAGCUUGGUGAAGAAGCUGAAGAAGACGGGGCAGCUGGACGAGCUGGAGAAGGCGAUCACCACGCAGAACAUCAACACCAAGUGCAUCACCAUCCCCAGGUCCCUGGAUGGCAGGCUGCAGGUGUCCCACAGGAAGGGGCUGCCCCACGUCAUCUACUGCCGCCUGUGGCGCUGGCCCGACCUGCACAGCCACCACGAGCUGCGCGCCAUGGAGAUGUGCGAGUUCGCCUUCAACAUGAAGAAGGACGAAGUGUGUGUCAACCCCUACCACUACCAGAGAGUGGAGACCCCAGUGCUGCCCCCGGUGCUGGUGCCCAGGCACGCAGAGAUCCCAGCAGAAUUCCCACCCCUGGAUGACUACAGCCACUCCAUCCCAGAGAACACUAACUUCCCUGCAGGUAUCGAGCCCCAGAGCAACUACAUUCCAGAGACCCCUCCUCCAGGCUAUUUGAGUGAGGAUGGAGAAACCAGUGACCACCAGAUGAACCCCAGCAUGGAUGCAGGUUCUCCAAACUUAUCACCAAACCCCAUGUCUCCAGCACACAACAAUCUGGAUCUGCAGCCUGUGACCUAUUGUGAGCCAGCUUUCUGGUGCUCCAUAUCCUACUAUGAGCUGAACCAGAGGGUGGGGGAGACCUUCCACGCCUCGCAGCCCUCCAUGACCGUGGAUGGCUUCACCGACCCCUCCAACUCGGAGCGCUUCUGCCUGGGGCUGCUGUCCAACGUCAACAGGAACGCGGCCGUGGAGCUGACGCGGCGCCACAUCGGCCGCGGUGUCCGGCUGUACUACAUCGGCGGGGAGGUGUUCGCCGAGUGCCUCAGCGACAGCGCCAUCUUCGUGCAGUCCCCGAACUGCAACCAGCGCUACGGCUGGCACCCGGCCACGGUCUGCAAGAUCCCGCCAGGCUGUAACCUGAAGAUUUUUAACAACCAGGAGUUUGCUGCCCUGCUGGCCCAGUCGGUGAACCAGGGCUUCGAGGCCGUGUACCAGCUGACGCGCAUGUGCACCAUCCGCAUGAGCUUCGUCAAGGGCUGGGGCGCCGAGUACAGGAGGCAGACUGUGACCAGCACUCCCUGCUGGAUCGAGCUGCACCUCAACGGGCCCCUGCAGUGGCUGGACAAGGUGCUGACCCAGAUGGGCUCCCCCAGCAUCCGCUGCUCCAGCGUCUCCUAAGGGAAACUGCUGGGCCAGGGCACCAGAGACUGCAGCACCCUUAGCAAGGCAUAGUAACCAACUCCCCAGUUACUCAAGCAAUGAGAAAAAUCUGCUUCAGAAACAAAAGAGAAGUGGGUUUUCUUUGUUUUGUUGUUGUUUUUAAAUACCCAUUUAAGCCACUUCCACUAAAACUGUUGGCACUUCGGUGGGGAUGCUCUGCAGCUGGAAUUUGGAGCAGGAGUUGGUGAGGAUGAAGAGCUGGACUCGCUUCAGUGGAGAGCAGGCAGUGUCAGCCUGGCUCUGGGCUGUGUGAGCACUCAGGAGCCAUCCCAGCUCCCAGGAAACUUCCCCUUCCCUCACACAACCCCAGGCUCCUGCAGCAUCCCUGGAACACCAGAGCUGUGGGACUGCAGGAUGGGAACAGCAGAGACUCCAGGAUGGCUCCUGCUCGUGCAUUCCUUCAGCCCCAGCUGAUCCACGGGGGCUCUGCAGCAGCAGGGGGAAGGAGGCUUUUCAAGCACCCAAAAGAACCAAUUCCCCCAGGAGUGUUCCCAAAAGAAGGAGUUUCCCACACUGCACUCCCAGCAGGAGCCUGAGGGGUGAUGCCCUCGUGGCUCAGCCCGGAUUCAGGAGCAGCAGGCCCAGCUUGAGGCUCUCCUGGUGCUGCUGCAGCCAUUUUUGCCUGGAGCUGCUCCCAGAGGGAGGAGUGUCCCUGCCUGAGCAGCUGAGGCUCUGGCUCUGAGCCUCUGCCUGAACUCCAGCAGCUCUGGGCUGGCUUUGCCCAGUGGAGCAGGGCUGGGGUGGCUGUGUCCAGCCCUGGCUGUGUCCUGCCCUGAGGGGUCCUGUGCUGUCACAUGCAGCACCAGGACAUCUCAGACACAAGCAGCCCUCUGUGUGGAACUUGUUCCAGCUGAUGGAAAUGCUCUAAGAUGUGUUUUUGCCUGGAGAAAUCAGCAGAGUGUGUAUUUACUGUAUUAUAAAAUGUUCAUUUUAAACAUACAUGCUCCAGACUGUUUAAUAUUUUUUAUCCCUGCAGCAACUGUCGUGGCAAACAAAUUCCACAACUGGAAAAAAACCCUUAGCACUUGUUUUUAUGGUUCACAUUUGCCAAAUAAGUCUCAUAACUUUGUCAGUGCUGUCCAAUUAUCUGUUUCUUUAUAUCUGCAGUGAAUAUCUUAUGCAUUUGUGCCAAAAUAUUAGAGGGGGAGGGGAGAAAGUGAUAAUCAGUUUCCUAUGGAAAUCUUUUUUUCUUUUUUUUUUUUUUAAUCUAUGAAAGACAAACAAGCUGGAUGUGGCUGUGGGAAGGACUGACUGGGAUGGACUUGAGGAUGGUUUUGAUAAAGCUUUAGUCCUGCAGACCUCUGUGGGAGUGCCCUGAUUGGAUCAAACACCCACCAGGAAUUUCCAGGCACCUCCUUUUCCAGCUGCUCAUUCCUCUGAGACCUCUGCAGCCUCACCUGGUUUGCCAAACCCCAAACCCUGGAGCUGAGGGACCUGAUGCCACCAGAACAGAUCCCAGAGGCCACUGCUGCUGCUUGGAAUGCAGAGGAGGGAUGGUUUGGGGAGUUUCCUGUUUCCCAAGAAACAAGGAAUUGCCUUGGUUGAACACCUGAAAUGCAGAUGCUUGGGAAGACUCUGAGUGGUGGAUGUGCCCCAGGUGCCACAGGACUUUGGAACAUCCUGGCUGAGCUGGACUGGAGCUGUUCUGUGCAGGGUGUUUGGUUUGUUCAACUUUACAAUGUGUCUGAUCUGCACACGCUGGGGCAAGGAGAGAUCUGUAUAAAAGAGGAUUUUUUUGGGCCAUUUACAAAGCAGGUCUGUUGUCACCAUGGAUUGGUUCAGCAUUGCUUCAGAUACAGGUUUCUAACAGAGCUGCAAAGAAAAAUCUGUCCUGAAUUUUAUAUAAAUAUUUCACUUUUGGCUGUUCAAACUGUGCUGUGUAAAAUGGCCCUGGGCUUCCUCCAUGAGUGUCUUAUUUGCUUAUUUUGGUGACAAAUGUUGUUGUCCUCAUAAUAACAAAGGAAAUUUGACUCUGGUGCCUCCUGCAUUAACCAUAAAAAUGACAUGUGAGAUUCCAGAGGCAGGGAUUGGGUUGAGCAGGAUCCAGGGACCACCAGUGGGAAAUAAUCCCAAUUUUAAUAUGAAAUUUGCACACAGAGUCACCCCCUCAGCCAACCUGGAUUUCCUCUGGGAAGCAGAGCUGCAGCUCCUUGCUAAAGGAUAAUUAAUUGCUGACCAUUAUUAAUUGAGGCUUUUUGAAACCCAGAUUCAGAUGAUGCACAAAAACUUUGGUUAAUCUCCCCUCAUCAUCCCUUAAGUACAAUGACUUCCAGUGGAAAAUGUGAGCUGGCCCAGCAGUGCAGUGAGCUGAAGGGGAGAUUAUCUCCACUCCAGCAUUCAUUUCCUCUCUCCCCUUUGCUGCUCAGUGACCCAUGAGAGCUCUGAGGGUUCUGCAGGCACCUGGGGCAGGCCCUGGAGCAGGGAGGGGCUGGGCUGGGGGAGCCCAGGGAUGUUCUGCCCUGGCUGUGGAUUCUGUUCUGGGCUGGGGCAGCACGGGAGGCUUGGUCUGACUGCUCCUAGAACCUGAUGGAAGCUUUGGUGUGGAGCUCCAAGGGAUGGCAGCAGCCAUGCCCUGGCUCAGAUUCCAGCAGCUCCAGGCUGCAAUAUCCUCAUUUCAUCAGGGUUUCACCCAUUGUUGUUGUCCAGAUCAGCAGCAGGAGUUUGACCCUUCCCUUGGUGUGGCUGCUGGCAGAGGACACCCAGGGCCCUGUGCUUUCCCAGGCUGUGCUGAUGUUCAUUGUUCAUGUCUUGAGCUGCAGGUUGUAUUUUGUGUUAAGCUUGUCUUAGGAGUAAUCCAGUGCUGUCCAUUGGAUUUAAUCUCAGCAAUCUGCAUGCAUAUGCACAGAGCUGGAGAAAUCCCAUCAUAAGGCAUUUCCCUGGAGCUCUGAGUUCCCCUGAGUUACUCCCAGUUUCCUCCCUGUGGGGUGAGGGCUGUUCAGGACUCAUCUCAGCACAAGUGGUGACACCUGUGCCUUGAGCUGCUUCCAGUGGAAGAGCCCAGCCCAGGGUCACACAGCCCUCAGGAGCUCUCCUGUUCUCUGGGCUCUGCAGGGGCAGCAGGAUGGAAUUCAUGGCUGUGCUGAGAACCAGCCCAGAGCAGUUCAGUGUUUGUUACUGUGUACCUGCUUUUGUAUUUAUGUGUCUUUCUCCACUAUUCAGGUGAAACCAAUAUUUAAUUUUUAGCAGAACAGGCAAUUAAGGACUCAGAGUAUUAAACCUUCCAUCUGCUCCUUGCUGAUGAUUGCUGGAAAUGAGGAGUUUGUGAUGGGAGAGCAGAGCUGAGCACAAAGUCCCCCAAGCCCUCAGGAGCCACGGUCCCACAUGGGGACUUUGUGCUCCUCAGGGUUUGAUGAGGCUUGAAAAACCAAACCCUGUUCCUCCAGAGCUGCCUGGGCCUCUCCUGCCCCUUCUAGAACUGCCUGGGCCACCUCCUGCCCCUUCCAGAGCUGCCUGGGUCACCUUCUGCUCCCUGCACCGAGGUGGGUUCCUCUCCUGCUGGCUGCAGCCCCAGCUCUGCCCUGCCUGGAUCCAGGGGCAGUUUGUGUGCCGCACACCCAGCUCUGUGCUGUUUGUGUGCUGCACACCCAGCUCUGUCCCUGUUUGUGUGCUGCACACCCAGCUCUGUCCCUGUUUGUGUGCUGCACACCCAGCUCUGUCCCUGUUUGUGUGCUGCACACCCAGCUCUGUGCUGUUUGUGUGCUGCACACCCAGCUCUGUGCUGUUUGUGUGCUGCACACCCAGCUCUGUGCUGUUUGUGUGCUGCACACCCAGCUCUGUCCCUGUUUGUGUGCUGCACACCCAGCUCUGUCCCUGUUUGUGUGCUGCACACCCAGCUCUGUGCUGUUUGUGUGCUGCACACCCAGCUCUGUGCUGAUGGAUCCAGGGCCGGUUUCUGUUCUGGCUUUGCAGUUCCUCUCCCUGGUUGUCCAUCCCUGCCCAGCUGUGCCUCCUCCUGCUUUCCUGCGUUUGUUACUCGAGGCCUGUCCCAUGUACACCCUCCCUUUCCAUGUGGAACUGUAAGGUCUGUUUUUGACAUUUUAAUAAACUUUGAUUUGAAAACUGA